AUGGAUGAUUUAAAUAAUAGUGUUUUGAUUUAUCAUCAUGAAUCAUCAGAUGAUGAAAGUGAAGAAGGAUCACCACAAGUAGUUUUUAAUUCAGAUUCAACAUUCGGAAGUUCAUUCUAUGUGAGAGGAGAUACUCCCAAUAUUAGGGAAUUGCUUUCUUCUCAAAAUUUAGCAUCUUCAAAGUAUUCAAUUGUAGUGAGAAAGGAUGAUAUCUAUAUCCACACUUCUAUUCAAACAACAAAUCAAAAAGGUUCGGAUAUUGUUGACCAAAUUCCUGGUGCUAUGUUUUUAGUGAGGGAUUUGACUGAAAAAACUACAGAAAAUACUGGUAGAAGUGUAAUGACAGCUAAAUCUCUUAUUGUUGAAACAUCUAAUGUACAACCAGUUUUAAGAUCUUGUUAUUAUGUAGUUUGGUGUCCAUAUUCAACACUUUGUACUUUUAAUAGCGAUUUAGUUUUACAUGAAAGAUCUAAUGGAGAAAUUGUAACACCUGAUAGAUAUUCUCAUAGAGUUCCAAACUCAAAUUUAGCAAGUAGUCCAUCACAAGGAAGUAUUGUAGAUAUAAGUCAAAAUAAUAGCCCAUUUGUUCAAAGAAAUGAAUCAGCAUACGCAUUGGUUGUGAGAACAGUAGAUAUUUCUCAUUUCAAAAAACAAACUCCAAAAUUAGGAUAUCAUUUUCUUUUAAUCACAAUGAGAGAUGAAACAACUUAUCCUCCAUUGUUUUUCCAUGAUGGUGGAUUGGUAGAUUUCAUUUCAGAAUUUAAUAGACAAGUGACAUUGAAAAAGAGUAGUAAAGAUCAGAAUAUUUACUACAUUUCUGCAGAGUCAUCAGAAGCAUCAAAAACCAUCAACCAAUUUAAUUUUGAUGACUAUUUUGAUGAUAUGUAUAAGGAGAAGGAUGGAUACUGGCAAAUCUUGGAGUGGGGAAGUAAAAUUACAAAAGGAGCUAGAGAUUUAACAAGUGCACUAUUCAAUCAAUCAGAUGAACUUUCAGUAGAUAACAAAGUUGGAGGCUCGGAAAAUCUUGCUAUGAGUUUACUCAAAGUAAGGCAAAAGAUGGAAGAGGAAAACAAGGAAGUAGAUGAUUAUUUCAACGAUAUUGAACCAGUCAAAGUUAUAGAUGUACAACAACAAAAGCCUAAAAUUGAAUCACCAGAAGAUAUUGGUUGGACUCCAAGAAUGGAUACUCCAAUCACUGCUGAAUCUUGGAAGACAUACUUUGAUGAGGAAGGUAGAAUUAAGGAUUUCCAAGCUCUUAAGGAAAAAAUUUACUAUGGAGGAGUUGAAAAUAGUAUAAGAAAGGAAGUUUGGAAAUUCUUGUUAGGAUUUUAUCCUCAUAACUCGACCUAUAGUGAAAGAGAAGUUCUGCUCGAGGAAAAGAGAAAGGAAUACUAUGGUUAUAAAUCUCAAUGGACAACAAUUUCUACCAUUCAAGAAUCUAGAUUUGCUCUUUAUAGAGACAGAAAGAGCAGAAUAGAAAAGGAUGUUAUUAGAACAGACAGAACUCAUCCAAUGUAUGCUAGUGAUGAUAGUGAAUGGUUGGUUAUGUUACAUGACAUCCUGUUGACAUACACUUUCUACAAUUUUGAUUUGAGUUAUGUACAAGGAAUGGGAGAUUAUGCCAGUAUUAUGUUAGAAAUUAUGAAAGAUGAAGUAGAAUCAUUCUGGUGUUUUGCUUGUAUAAUGGAAACUAGACAAAGUAACUUUGAGAUGAAUUCUCAAGGAAUGGAAGAUCAAUUAGUGUCAUUGGUUUCUUUGAUCAAAUUACUUGAUCCUGAAUUCUACCGUCACUUACAAUCUGUUGAUGCACUUAACUUGUAUUUCUGUUUCAGAUGGGUGUUAGUGGAGUUGAAAAGAGAGUUUGAUUUUGAAUCAUGCAAAAAUAUGUGGGAAAAGUUAUGGACUGGAAUAUAUGGAAACCACUUCCAUCUUUUCAUCUGUUACGCCAUGUUACAAAAAAUUAGAAACGAGGUUGUCACACAAAAGUAUAGAUUUGAUGAUAUUUUGAAGGCAUGCAUUGAUCUUUCUGGAGCCAUAGAGCUGAACAAUAUUGUUGCACAAGCUGAACGUGCCUACCUUACUUGUAAAAAGAAACUUGAAAAAGAUGCAUCUGUAGUAGAUUCUGAACGAUUAAUGAAGCUGUUGAAUAAAUAA